AUGGCAUGUAAGAAAUCAUCUCCAUUAGCUGAGGAGCAAUCUUCCACCGAAAUAGAUGAUCUUCAUAUUUCACUGCAAGUGGAGCAGGAAUGCAUCCAGAAGAAAACCUUCACUAGUUGGAUAAAUUCACAGUUAGCAAAGCAUACUCCUCCUUCCGUUAUCUCAGAUCUAUAUACAGACGUCAAAGAAGGUCGUGUGCUCUUGGACCUGCUGGAAGUACUUUCAGGUCAACAAUUGUCACGGGAAAAAGGAUGCAACACCUUCCAGUGCAGAAGCAAUAUAGAAAAUGCCUUGAAAUUUUUAAAGAACAAAUCAAUCAAGCUCAUAAAUAUUCAUGUUGCUGACGUUAUUGAAGGAAAACCUUCCAUUGUGCUUGGCCUAAUUUGGACAAUUAUAUUACAUUUUCAUAUUGAAGAACUUGCGUGGACCCUUGGUAGUAGUUAUAAUCAGCCAUCUCUUGACUGUUCGAGCGUCGUCGACUCAUCUGUAAGCCCACAGGCAAGAAAAAGAGGUAAAGUUAAGAAACGGUGGAAGAUGUCUGCAAAAAAGGCCCUCCUGUUGUGGGCGAAGGAGCAAUGUUCAAUGCAUGGAUCUAUCAAAGUGGCAGAUUUCAAAUCAAGCUGGAGGAAUGGACUGGCUUUUUUAGCUAUCAUCCAUGCCUUAAGACCAGAUUUAGUUGACAUGGACAGAGCAAAGGGUAGAGCCAACAAAGAAAAUUUGAAGGAGGCUUUUAAAAUUGCAGAACAUGAAUUAAAUAUUCCAAGACUUCUUGAACCUGAAGAUGUCGAUGUUAUCAGUCCAGAUGAAAAAUCUAUCAUGACUUAUGUGGCUCAGUUUCUGCAGUAUUCCAGAAGUUUACCUGUGGCUGAAGAAGACAUGCAGGGAAAAGUAAAAGAGGCCUUGAGCUGGCUGACCACACAAGAGAAGAAGUUAACAAAGUUGUUGGUUGAUACAGAAAAUGAAACAUGCUUUAGAAAAUUUCAAGAAAUGCUGUCAUUUAUGGAAUUGUUUAAUGAAGAGAAAAGACCCUUUCUGCCAGUGUUGUCUUCAAAAAGAAGUGUGCCUGAGCUAAAUGAAGAUCUGAAAUGGAUGAGAGCAGCAUGGGAUAACCUAACCUCCCAGAUUAAUGAAUGGAAAACAAAGCUGGACCAUGCACUACCCCCACCUCUAGACAGCAUCGAGGUCUGGCUCCAAGAGGUAGAACAUCUGCUGGCAGAAGGUUUACCUGAUUCGCAGGAUCACUGUAAAGCAAUGGCCCUCUUCAAAGAAAAAAUUAUCUUAUUUAAGGGCUUGAUGGAUUAUUUUGACUGUCACUUGGUCAGCCUUCAAUCCUUUGAGAAUAAAGAUGAGAAGGAUAUGCCACUGGUACCAACUGAGAAGCUAGAUGACAUGAAAAGAAGAUUCAGCAAUAUCCAGUCUUCAAACUUCAGCAUACUUCUAGAAUACCACUACUGCCUGUGCUCAGCUAUCUCAGAUGAAGUGACAUUAAAGUUAAAUAUCAGGGAUAUCAAAUAUGGGACUAAGGAAUCUGUGGAGUUAUUGCUGAGAGAUUGGCAUGAUUUUAUUGAAGAAAGAGGAGUCACAGCUCAACUAGAAACUGCUUUUCAAAUAUGUGAAGACAUGAAAAACAAAAACAUAAGCACGAAUGUCUUAGUUGGUGAUCCUCCAGACACUAGUAAACUAUUUAAGAUGGUAGACUCUAAGAUUUCUAUGUGCAGAGAAUAUAUUUACAAUGUAAACACUGUCCUACAAAAAGUUCUAUGUUCUUGGGCUACUUAUAUGGAGAACAUUCAUUUACUGAAGACAUGGUUGGAUGAAACACGAAAAGGACAUCUUAAAAAGGUCCCCACUGAGAUUCUGGCAGACUGGAACUCAGUGCAUGGUUCCUUAAAUGAAGCUGGAAACUUCUUAAUUGAAGUCAGCAAUGAGCAAGUGGGAUCAGAUAUUUCUAAAGAAUUGAAAAAACUGAACACAAGAUGGGCUAAAUUUAUAAAGAGAACACAGUUUGAGAUGAGAUUACUGAGAAUGCAAGAAGAGCAAAAGAAGUCAGUUGUUGACAGUAAUGGAAAUUCUCAGUCUCCUGCCGAGGCAGUGCCAAAUGCACUCAGUGUUACAGCAGAUAUAUCAACGGAGGCUAGUAAGAAACACAUUCAGAAUGCAGAGCUUAGAGAAAAGAAUGCAGAUGUAACUGAACAGGCCACUGAGCUUCUGCCCAGAGUGGAGAAAAUGGAAGAGCUUCUCAAAGGAGUAGAAAACUGGGCCACAGAAACAGAAUGCCUUCUUGAGACGAUCAAACAUGAAGGAUGCGUGGAAAGCUCAACAGAACAAUCUUUACAGAUCCUAAUUGCCAGAAGGACCUUGUGCCAAGAACAAGUUGCUGCAGCAGAAGAAAUCUUGCAAGUUUUGACACGUAAUAUUUCAAGCCAGGUGUCCCUCCCGGAUUUUGAGACAGCUGGGCUACCAACACGAAUUAAAGAAGUCAGAGAGAGACUCCAGGCUGCCAUGAAUAACCUAGACCUUGUCUCACCCAAAUCUGAAGAGACUCUGUCAGAAAAGGAGGUCAUGAUCAAUUUUGAAAAAUCCCAGAAGGAGCUUGAAACAUCUAUUUUAAAAGCUAUGCAACUCAUUAGCCAAAAAGUGAGCCCUGAUGAGCACAUUUCAAAAAAUGAGGAAGCUUUUAGCAUUUUGGACACAGGAAUUCUUGAAAAUUUUUUGAAUGCAGCUGACCAAUUGAAAAAUAUUUCACCAGCUCAUGAAAAGUUAGCAGUGGAGGAAAGAUGCAAAGAUGUUCGUGAAAGAUGGGAGGCAGUUCAUCGUGAAAUCAUAUCAUGUAUUCAGUUCAUAAUGGAAAUUGAAAUAGGGAAAUUUAAUGCAACUUUUUCAAAACUCAGUAAGCAAAUAAAUAAAGAGAAGAAACUCCUUAGCAUGGGUAAAACCAAGGGACUUAUAAAAGAACACGAGGCUUUUUUUUCUCCUGAAGGCAGCCUGGGGGAACUAAACAGCUGCCUACAAGUUCUUAAAGCAAUGUGUGAAAGACUGACUGCAGAAGAAACUCACCUGGAAACAAAGACACUAAUUGCAGAGUGUGAACAAAAGCAAGAAGAACUUCAAAAAUGUGCGGCAGAUGCUUACGUAACUCUGCUGUCCCAUGUUGGCGGUGGCCAGGCAUCUAAACAAGGGGGCUCUAUACUUGCUCCUGAGAAUGGAGAAAAGAAAACAUCUUCCCAAUCAGUUGAUAUACUUUCAACUCAGGAGGCAUCAGGACCAGUUUCAGAUGUAAUUUUGGAAUCAGACGUGAAACAACAGAAUGGUGAAAGCUGUACGAAAAAGUUUGAGAAAGACAGUGAUUUGCCCAUAGAGACUUUAUUAGAGAGCUUUGAUACCCAGAGGAGUAAUCUCGAACUUCAUUUACAAAGAAUCAGAGAUGAAGUAGAGUCUCCUUUUACUGAUGAAAUAAAAGACACGUCAUGCCUUCAUAAUAAGCUGCUAGAUCUACAGGUCAUAGAGAGUAAAGCUAAUUCUUGUUGGACACAGUUUGAAAUUAUUGCAUCUAAGUUAGAAAAUCUUAUGGAUGACACGGGGAAGCCUGUUAUUUCUGAAACACAAAACAGACUCAACAGAGAGUGGAGUGAACUUCAGAUUAUUCUAAAUGCCAGAAUGAAGUCUUUAAAGAUUGCUUUGGAAGUUGUUUCGCCAAUAGAAAAUGAAUUCAUUCUUCUAUGUGACUCAGACGAGCAACUCCACAGAAAGGACAUUCAGCAAUUUACUCUGACAAAUAUUGAUCUCAUUUAUGGAGAACUGAAGAACGUCCAGAGCUGUAUAGUAAAUGAGAUUGAAUUAUGCAAACAACUGGAAAACCUAGACAGCUCAAGAGGAGAUGAAUUUAACCUAAUAGAUUUGCAAGCAGCACGCGAGAUUAUGCUUAAAUAUAAGAGGCAGUUUGAAGACAUGAAUCAUAAAAUGCAGGUCAGCGAAACGGUCCUCAAAGAACUGGAAGCUUUUUUGGCCUCAUUGAGAAGAGUUAAACUUUCUAUUGAGCAUGCAACGGACUCUUCAAUUUCUGACAAACCUGUGGUGCAAGGAAACACAUCAAAAGAAGCCGUGCAGGAAGAAGUUUCUCUGAUGAAAGAAAAGGCUAAAUGUUUGGAUGAGCGCUUGCAGAUGGUUGAUAUCUGCUUGGAAGAUGCUGAAUGUGGGGGAAAGACUUGCUGUGAAAAACUCAUUGCGGCUUUAUCUGAAAAGGCAAACAAGGCUUUUGCCCAUCUAAGUAAGCAGGAGCUCAUCCAAGAAAAUGAGUUACAGGAGAUUUUUUCCACAAGAAAUAAUGAACUCUUAAAAAAUAUUCAAGAUCUACACGAUAAGAUUAAUAAAAUAGGCUUGAAGGACCCAACAAUUCCUGCUGUUCAACAAAGGAUAAAAUCAUUAACUGAAUUGGAACAGGAAUUGGGUUGCUAUGCUAUUGAAAUGAAAUCCAUACGAGAAAUUGCUAACAAGUUUCUACAGAUUGAAGAGACAAAAGGAGAAGAAGCAGAUGAACAGUGCACAGUUACAGAAAGGUUGUGGGAGGAUACAAAACUGUCACUUGCUGAAUGCCAGGAGCAGUGUGUGAGGGUGUUGGAGCUCCUGAAGCAGUAUCAAAGCUGCAAAAAUAGUCUGACAAGCAUGAUCCAGAAACAAGAGAGUGUACUUUCACAGCAGACUUCUUACAUGGGGAAAGACAAUCUGCAGAGGAUGAUAGCAAAGAUUGAAGCGGUUAAAGAAGAAUUUAAUGAUCGCUCUGAAGAUGUAGACAAAAUAAAUCAGAUCUGCAAAAACCUCCACUUCCAGAUCAAUAAAAUGAGAAGCUUCGAGGAGCCUCCCUUUCAGAAUGAGGCUGACAUUAUUGUGGACAGAUGGCUGGAUAUCAAUGAAAAAACUGAAAACUAUUGUGAUAAUUUGGGAAGAGCUCUGGCUUUGUGGGACAAACUUCUUAAUUUAUUCAGCAAGACUGACACAUGGGCAAAUACACAACUUAGGAGCAUAGAAGAACAUCAGCUGACUGAAGAGGAGGUGACACAAUUGAAGACUUCUUUACAGGUCCAAGAGCAAAGCUUAGAGGAAUUUGACCGAAAAGUGGCUGAGAUAGAGCAUCUUCUUCAUAACAGUGAGCCUCCAUUGGAGUUACAGGUCAUCAAGUCAUCUGUUGAGAACAAAAUGGAGCUAAUAAGAAAGCACUUACCGAAUAAGAUGAGACCCAGUGAACUCAAUGGCAAUUCAGCAGAGCUAAAAGGGGACCUUGACCUUGCCAAGACACAGAUUGGGAUGACAGAAUCACUUUUAAAAGCUUUAUUUCCCUCUGACACUUUAGAGAUCUUUACGAAAUUAGAGGAGCUACAUCAGAAAAUUCUCCAACAAAAACACCAUGUGAAAUUACUCCAAAAAAAGACAGGUUGUCUGACUCCAGAAGUGGCUGAAUUAAAGAAGCAGCUUCAGUGUAUCACUGAUUUAUUUAAUACAAAGAAACACAUUUUCCAGGAUCAUUUUAUCAGUCUUUUGAACUAUCAGUGUAAGGAUUUUAAUGACUGGUUCAGCAGCGCUCAGCUGUCUUUAAAGGAUUGUUUUGACCCGUCAGAAACUAAACAGACAUUGGAAGAAAAAUUGCAGACGCUCAUGAGUUUCCUAACUUUUGAAGGCAAAGAGAGUGACAUCCAAGAGGUAAAAUCUCUCUUGACUAAGGUGAAGAGUUAUUUGCCCGAAGCAAGUGUUAACCAGCUUAGUAGCUGGGUGAGAGAUCAAGAAGCAGAAUUACAAAGCGUAACCUCCAAAUGUCAGAAACAAGAAAAGAAACUUCGUGCUUCUCUGCAGCAACUCAUUAGACUUCAAGAAGACCGCAGUGGCUUGAAGGAAUGGCUCACCAUUCAGGAAGAAAAAUUGCCAGAGACCAAAAAUGAGAAGAUAAAAUUAGAAAACUUUUACCAAAUGCUAAUAAAGCAGAGAGACUCAUUUGACUCCCUGUCUCAGCUGUCAAAUUCUUUGAGGGAGUCUGGGUUUACAAGAGAUGAAACAGUGUCCGAAUCCAGUCAUCUCAUUAGUCGGUAUCAGGAACUACAGACACACAUAAGUGAAGCACUAGGAAUUAGUCAGACACGGUCCAUGGAAAGGCAGAAUUUUGAAGUGCUUGCACAGAACAUGUCUUCUUGGAUAAAAAGACUUAAAGACUCAGUUAUUGGCUUGAGUUCACGGGAAGGCAAGUUGCCACUGAAAGAAAGGAUACAUCAAAUAAAGGAAAUAGUUUUUCUCAAAGAUAAGGGAGAUGCUAAAAUGCAAAACAUCAUAGCCUUGGGCAAAAUCUUAACAAGUAUUGAAGGAGUGAAGGACCCCGCCAUUCAGCAGACUAUUUCUGAUCUCCAGAAUCAAUGGGAGUGCACUGUUCAUUUAGCCACUGAAUAUCUAAGCCACCAAGAACAGAUUCAACUUCAAAGCAAACGAUACACGCAAAGCAAAGAAGAUUUGAGAUUAGUGCUGACUGAACUGAAGAAGCAGCAGCAGGAAUUAGGUUUUGAUGUUCAGCCUGGUUUGCAGGAGAAACAAACUCAGUUAACAAGUUAUAUAAAACUCCUGCAGAAAGCAGAAGGUUUAAUGUUCCUAUUAAAUGAAUUAAAAAGCCAAGGAGAUUACCUACGGGAUUGCAUUGAGGAUUCCUGCUUCAUGGAAGAAUCACGGAUAGAACUAAAAUAUCUGCAUGAAAGUCUGCUCAGCCAGUUGCAGAACUCCGCGCAGGCACUAGAAGGUCAUGGUCAAGAACACCAAGUGUUCCAGGAUACAUUGGCAGCCUUGAGUAGCUCGCUGAAGAGACUAUCAGCGGAGCUUUGUCAUUGUACUGAUAUCUCAGUGGAAAAGCCAGCAGCUGAGAAACAGCAGCAGUUGAAAUUGCAGGGACAGGCACCUCUUAGUCAAUGUGAAGACACAUUAAAGAAGAUUUUGGCUUUAGCAGAAUCUGUUGAACAAAACGCCUCUUCGCCAGGACAGAAGAUUACUAAGGAUGAAAUGGAAACACUUCAGUGUAAACACAGGAAUUUGAAGGACAGACUUAAAAAUGUCAAACAAGAGGGUGAGAAUAUUCUCAGUGACACCCCUGAGUCAAAGCAUGCAUUUGCUGUUGAAAUAAAGACGCAGGAUAAGGCAGAUACAAUGAUAAAGAGAGAGAAGCAGGUCUUUUCUGAUAUUCCCUUUGCUGUUGAAGAGAAAAGCAUAACAGAAGAGCUGGAAGAAUGCUGGAAACUAAAUAACGGUUCAAAUGUGGAAAUGGUUUUCCAGAAACAGCUUCUUCCUGAAGCCCAAGCAAAUGCUGAAUAUAUUGGGGAGGAACAAAAGGUCGCUGAGCUGAAAAAUCAAACUGCAGAAUUGGAUGUUGUGUUAGUAAAUGAGCAACUAAAAGAGAUAGAGAAUUUAUACACUGAACUGGAAAAACAGAGAGCCACAGCUUUGUCUCUGAGGCAAGAGUUGUCACCCAACACAACAGAAAUGAGCACAUCAAACCUGCAAAGCACAGAAUGUAUUGUUUCUUGCUGGGACAGGUUGCUUCAAGAAUUGGAAGCCAUUAAGAAGGUUAAGCAACACCAUUAUCAUCUAGUUAAUGAUUAUCAGGAAAAUCUGUCUGCUGUUCAGUCUUCAAUGAAAAGUUUAUCAACAGAAAAAGAAAACAUAAAAAUGGGCCCUAUGAGCAACACAGUUCUGGAGAAAAUUAAAAAAUGUAUGGAUUCAGUACAGAAGGAGAGAGACACUUUAAACAAGCUGAAAACUGAGCAAGAUAAUUUAUCUAGGUAUCUGACAUGCAUAGAUAAGGAAUUAACAGAAAGCCAAGUGAAACAACUUGAGCGAUGGUGGGAACACAUAGAGCAAUCAGUGCAAAAGAAACGUUAUCAACUUGUGUCAGAAAUUGACGAAUUUAACCUUCUCAUGAACAAAGCACAGGACAUUCAAAAGUUGAUAGAGCACCAGCAGCACUUACAAGCUGGGUUGAGUUCCCCAGAUGGACAAAAAACCAAUUGUCCAGUAUUUUGGACCUCAGAGCUACAAGCCAUUAAACACAGUGUUUCUUUGUUAAAAAGAAGCACUGAGCUGCAGAUGAAAAGGAUUUGGAGUGAGGAAGAAAAGAAAACUUUGGAAAAUUCAAUAAAUGAUUUGCAGAAUCAGUUGGAAGUAUUGGAGCACCAAACUCCUCAGGAGGAUGUUCAGAUCCUUAGCUGUGAUCCCAAGAAAUACGAAAUCAUGAGAAGGAUGAAAGAGAAUAUAUCAUGGGUCAAAGAUUCAUUGUUUUCUCUUGAUCAGAAGGCAGCACUUUUCCCAGAUGAUAUUAAAAUACAGAUCAGAAAUUGCAAGGCUGUGAACAGUGCAGCUAUAGACAAAGAGUCUACUAUUGUGUCACUGGCUGAUGAGACCCAAUGUAUCAUUCCUGAUUUGAAUCCAGAGGAAGUUACUGACCUGAGCGCCCUGUUACAAGAAUUACAGAAUUCAUGCCAGGUGCUUGUUUUAAAAUCAGCUCAAAGAUUACAACAGCUAGAAUUCCAACUGGAAAAAAGGCAGAGGCUUAUUGCAGACAUAGAAAGAGUUCACAGCCAGCUUCAAAGUGCUGAGACACUGACCAUUCCUGACAUAAAUCAAACAAUCACGUGCUCUGAGCUAGGCAAUUUACAUGUCAUUUUAAAGGAGCUUUCAAAGGAAAUACAGAAGAUGGAAGGUCUCAUCUCAUCACAUCUCCAAGAGAGUGAGCACUCACAUGGGGAGCUAAACAUAUUCGAACAAUUAUUUCUAACUGACCAAUUAAGAUACCUUAAGAAUAGAGCUAGGAAAAUACAGAAGUUAAUCCAGAAUAAAUGCCAUACAGUGGAAAAAAAGAUAGCUGUCUACACAGAUCUCUCUGAAAGAAUAACUUCAUUGCAUCAGGAGCUUAAUGAUCUAUGGUGUGAUGUAUUGAAACUGGAGAGACAGGAAAUAUUAAGUGUAAAAGAAGAAGUUAAGGAUAAACUCAAUGUGCUUAAAGAGAGAACCUUAGCUGUUCAAUCUAGUUUGAUACAAAUAACGAAGUACAAGGAAAUAUUUGACUUUAUAAGGCUAAAUUGGGACACUUCACACCAUGAUGAAUUGCAAACUCUAUUUCUUGAAAUUAAAAAUAAACUUGAAGGGAAGAUUAAAUGCUUUGACAACUUUAUUAUAGAAUAUGACAGGCAUCAAGCAUUGUUAAAUGAAAUCCAGGCCAUGACAUCCAGUGUAAAGAAUGAAGCUGACAUACUAACAAAUAGCCCUGGCUCUUCCACAGAAACCAAUUUUAUAUCAGCACAAAUUUUGUGCCACAGAGUUCAACAAAUCAGGUACUUAAUCCAGGAGGCAGUAAAUCAAUUAAAUAUAAAUGAAGUCUUUGAUGUAUCACUCAAAGAGGCUAAAACACAGCAAAUAAAGAGACUGGAGGAAGAUAUUGAUGAGUUGCAUCAAUUUUUCCAAAACACGAUAGUGGAUCUUCAGGCAGAGUAUGUAAAUAAACAAGAUUUCCAGAGCAAAUUGGAAUACACAUUACAUACCAUAAAGAAGAUUAAAUCUGAGUUUCAGCAGCCUCUUCUGGUAGACUUGGAAAUGAAAAAAAUUCAGUAUGAAAAGAUGCAUUGUGAAGCAAUGCAAGACACAGUGCAAGCAGAAUUUUGUGCCCUGAAGGAUCUAGUGGGUAAAGAGAAAGAAAAGCAAGAAGAAAAAUCUUAUUUUAUUGCUGGUAUAGAAGCAAAAUUAGAUGAACUGGAAGAUCUUGAAAUACAGCUGAAGACAGAUAUUGCUUCCCGUGUAAAUGCCAUAGAUGAAGCUCAUGAGAAUGUUAAACUUUAUACCAAAGCUGUCCAAAGGGCUGUGGAUCUCCUCACUGAAUAUGAAGCCAGAAUUCUCUCAGCAAAAGUUGAUCUUGGUAGCCUAGAAGAGUCCUGCCAAAUUCUACAUUGGAAACAAGAAGAAUUUGAGUCUGCAAAGGCAGACAUAGAGGAUCUGACCUCCAAACUGGAAAACAUAAUUAAACCAAGUGCCAAAGCACAACUGAAAAAUACUUUAAGUGAGCUAGUCACUAAGAAUUCAAUACUAAGGGAGAAGGCGCAAAGAAAGAGAACUGAUAUGCAGAGGUGCUUUGAAAAAUACAAAAGCUACACAAAAAUCAAAGAGAAGGUAUGUGCUAAUCUUAAUGAACUGGAAAAGAUUCUUGGACAAUCUUUGUCCCAAAUUCCAAGGUCUUAUAAGGAAGCUCUGGAGCACUUGGAACAAAGCAAGGUUUUGGUCUCUAACCUUCUUUCGGCUGAAGAGGAUCUAAUGACGUUGAGACGGGACUCGAGAGACCUGAGCAUGGUGUGCAAAGGAAGUGACUGCACGCUGGUCAGGAUUGUGUCAGCACUGUGGGGAAAGUGGCUUGGUUUGCUCGAGGCUGCAAAAGAAUGGGAGAUUAACUGCAAGGAGCUAAAACAGGAAUGGAAAUUUGUCAAUGAAGAAGUGGAACGGCAAGCAAUAAUUCUAGAUAAUCUUCAGGAAGAACUACCGGAAAGUCCUAAAGAGAAAGAGAAGGCCUCCACAGAUGCACUUUUAGAAUUGCUAGAAUAUGUGGACUGUUAUGAGGAAAACAUGGAAAAAGAGCAACUGUUAUUGCUUUUACUACUUCAUCGUAUAAGAAGCAUCCUGAAUGUGCCUGAAAGCACUGAGAGAAAAGCAGACGUUCCCAUUCGAUAUGAGAUACAUGCAAUGCAAGAUCGAUGUAAAAAGCUAUCUCAAAAGGCUCAAAAACAUAAAAAAUCUGUGCAGUCUGAGAUUCAGGAAAGAGACAAGAUUAAUGAAGAAAUAAAUGCUGUGAGGAGUUCAUUACAAAAGGCCUCAUUUUUGUUGCGUGAUGGAGAGUCACAAGGGUCUACUGAAAAGGCAGCAGGGUUGGAGGAGAUUCAGAGUAUAAUUAACAGAGAGAAUCAAACUAUUAAGGAUAUUAUGGAGAAACUACGAAUCAAGUAUUCAGAAAUGUAUACAAUAGUUCCUGCAGAUAUUGAAACACAGUUGGAAGACUGCAAGAAAACAUUACAAGACCUAGAAGAGAAGGUUAACACCAAAAUCUUGCAGAGCUCUCCUCAUUAUGCAAUGAAUAAAAAAGUAGAGAAUAUUAACAAUGGCCUGCAAGCUGUUGAAAAGAUGUUACAACACAAGAGUGAAAACAUUGCAAAAGCCAAGGAAAUUCAAAAGACAAUCUGGGAUGUGCUAGAUCUUUGGCAUUACAAACUGAAUGAACUGGACUCAGAAGUGCAGGAUAUAGCAGAAAAGGAUCCAUGUCACGCACAGGAAUGGAUGGACAGCUUAAUGAUUCCUUUGCAGCAGUACCAGCAGGUCUCACAACAUGCUGAGCGCAGAACCACACUCUUAAACAAGGCCACUAGUAAGAUGGAGGAAUAUGAGGAACUCUUGAAGAGCAUGCAGUUAUGGAUAGAAACCACCAAUCGUUUGUUAACUGUGGAGGCUGAAAAUGACUCUGCAAAAGCCCUGAGUAAACAUGCCAAAGCCCUUCAAAUGGCAUUGGAAGAUUCAGAACAAAAGCAAAAUCUUCUACAUACCAUCUAUUCACAAUUGGAUGAGUUAUCAAUAAUCUUUGAAACAGAAAAUAUAGUGCAACAGAUAAAUGAAGUAAAUGGUCAAGUAACAUCUUUACAGCAAAAGAUAGUGGAAAUUCUUCCACAGAUCCAGCACAUGGCUGAUGAGGUGGAUGCCAUUGAAUCUGAAGUGAAAGUGAUAGGGAAGGAUGUUGCCAAAAUUAAGACGAUCUUGUCAACAGAAGAUAUAUUAGAUUUUUCUCCUAAGGAGCAUCUUAGACAUGGACAGGUUAUACUUGGCCACAUCAGUCCCUUGCAGAAGACCCUUGCUGCGAUAAAGGGCUACGAAGAAGGUCUUAGGUUACCAGGAAUGAGAAUGCAACCUCUCUCAGUCUUCAAAAGAACAGGCCAACUUGUGAAAGAACUGAAAGUGUUAGAAAAAAUUACCAAGGAACAAAAUGAGCUACUGGAGUCAAUCGUAAAAGAGACAGAUGAAUGCGAACAAGAAAUUGAAAAGUUGAAGCAGUUCUUAAAGAACCAGCUGGGUGAACUGUCAUAUGAAAAAACAUUGUUUCCUCAGACUGCUUCCUUCCCAGAGGGGGAAAUGGAAGACAUAAAAGAACAGAUCAUCAAACUGUGCCAGAAAAAAGAAGACAUCCUUAGGGGUAUGAAGAGUUCAAUGCUGGAACUUCACCAGCACUUACAGCAAGAACAACCUGAAUCAGAAGAUGAACUUUCUGUGCCUCUGUCACCCGAGGAAACUGGCUUGGUUGGGAAAGAUGCCUUAGAACGGCAGUUGAAAAAGAAAGGAUCAAUGUCUCUCCUACCAUCUUUAGUUGAAGAAACAGAAGACAGUUCAUUCCACAGUGAAGAAAAUGCAAUAGCACCGACAGCUGAAAGUUUUUGGCCUUCAGGAAAGGGAGAUGAGAGAGACAAAGAAGACAGCGGAGCUUCCUGGUCCUCAGGCACCCUAUCAGAUGGCAUUUCCCUGGAUGCUGAUGUGUUAAUAGAAUCAUGUGAUAAACAUGGCAAGGAAACAUCUUUUCAAGUUCCACAGAAAGCUGGAAGUGAUGAAGACUCUGCUACAGACCUUAGUAAUUGGGCAGUGGGUGACCCGCCUUCUUCUGACACAAACACUGGCCAGUGCUUUCAGAACAAACCAGGAGAUUCAAAGGAAACAGUGGAUAGCAAUAGGCCCGAGCCUGAGAAGAUCCUCCAUGUCUGCCAGGUACAGGUUGCUGAGCUGGAGCUGUGGCUAGACAAAGCUAAAGUGUCCCUGGAAUCAGAAACCCAGACCCCAGAAAUGCAGCAGAUGGUGGAACAGCAGCUUGCUGAUUGCCAGGUUAUGUUAUCAGAGAUUGAACAAAAGGUCGCUUCUUUAUUGGAGGAUUGCAGAGAUAGGCAGCAAGGAGAUCGUGCAGGCCCUCAGAAAGAAGCAGAGGCUCUUUCCUUGAAGCUCAAGGAUGUGAAGUGCAAUUUGGAAAAAGUCCAGGUGAUGCUUCAGGACAAAUACAGUGAAGAACAGCUCAACAACAGUGAAAGGAUCCCUUCAGAACGUCUUCAGCUUGGCGGCUCCAAAGUAUCCAACCUCGUUACCACUGAUGCGCCACCGUUCAGCAGGCGUAACGGUUUGCAGGAGCCUCAGGACCUGCCGUUAAAACCGACUGAGCAAAAUAAUCUUGUUGACUUCAUCAAAUUUUAUGUAGAAAAAAUGCAGCCAUGCUUUGAUGACAGCACUACUCAGAAAUUAGAUUCAAGCAGUGACUUAUCUAUCCCAAGGAGUGAGUUUGCUGGUCCAUUUUUAAAGGACCAAACUGGUGAUAAGUGGCAAUAUUUACAACAAGAGCUGGCUUCUACGAUGAAGUCUCCUCUGUGUCAGCUUGCUGACCCUCAGAUUACAACAAAACUGAAUAUUCUGCCGAGAGGUGCUGUAUGUAGUAUUAGAACCCCAACUGUCCAGGAACUGAAAACCUACACCAGGCAGCUUGGAGAUCUAAGCCAAGAAGCAAAUGUGCAGACACAGGAAAAUGGGGCCGGGGAAGCUUCCUUAAAUUUGGACAAAAAGCUCUUUGAGCUGCUUUUGGCAAUCAGUCGGUGUUUGCACAACAUGGAAGAGAUGUUAAACACCUGCGUGCUCUCCAAUGAAGAGGCUGCUGUGCAGCAGGGAGUGUAUGAGACUCUGUCUCUAGAGCUGCAAAAACUUCACACAGAUAUCAGAGAUAAAAAGGAUGAUCUUUUAAAGUCUAUUACCUGUGCCGAUGGGAGCGCUGAUGUAUUCUUCGAGUGCUUUAACAACUUGCAAGCCCGGCUGGAACUAACUCAAACUGCUGCUGCUUCUAGAAGCAAAUCAAUGAAAGCUGGGCUGGAUCACAAUAGUAAUUAUCAGAAUGAAAUCAGGCUGUUGUAUGAUCAGUUAAUUGAGAAAAAAUCUACUCUGCAACAAACCUUGAAUGCAAUACGUGGGCAUAAUGUUGCUGAACAGCUUCAGAAAACUGAUACAUAUGCAUUGGAGCUACACAACUUUGAGACCCAAAUAGCAAAACUGAGAGAUCGUGGGGAGAGAUUUCAGUUACCUGUUGCUCUGAUCCAUGAAGUUUAUAAAUUAGAGGAUGUUCUGGAUGACACUUGGGGGGUUCUGAGAGCCAAGUACGCGGAACUAAACUCUCCUUUCAUCAGCGAGAGCCAAUACGAAGGCUUGAUUCGUGGGUUGGCAGAAUUGGUAGACAUUGGACGAGAGAAGCUUGCUCAGGACCCAAAGCAGCUAGCCAAAAGUAGAGCUAUUUUACAGUCUCACCUGCAAAAUCACAAGGGCUUUUUUCACAAGCUCAUCGCGCAUGUGCUUGUCGUGCAAUCGUAUUCCAAGAAGGUGGCUCCUGCUACAUUACAAAAGAAAGAGAAAUUCUGGACUGAGCUGGUGGAAGAUGUCAGAUCGCUGGAACAAAAGGCUUCCCAAUAUGGCAUACGCAUAGAGAGUUUAUUAAAGGAAUGGACAGAAUUUGAUGAGGACUAUGUACCUUUCAACAAAGAAUUAGAGGCGCUUGCUUCUGCAGUGCCUUCUGUGAAUUUGGUAGAAGAGACAGAAGAAAGAUUAAUGGAGAGGAUUACACUUCUCCAGCAAACCAAAAGAAACAUUGAUGAAAAACAUGCCAGACUGUACCAGAUGGUGAAGGAAGGGAAGAAAUUGAUGACUGUUGUGAGCUGUCCUGAAUUAGUAAACCAAAUUGGGAAACUAGAAGAACUGUGGUUGUCCUUAACCAAAAAAGUUGGCCAUGAGCUGCACAGACUUCAAACAUUACUCAAACUCUUGGUCAGCUACAACAGAGACUCAGACAAGUUAAUCAAAUGGUUGGAGUCUGCUCAGCAGAGAAUGAAUUUUUGGAAGGAGCAGUCUCUCAAUGUGUCACAGGACCUACAUACUGUCAGAAACAAUAUAGACAGCUUGUUUGCAUUUUCUAAGGAAGUAGAUGAAAAAUCAUCCUUGAAGUCAUCUGUCAUAAGCACUGGCAACCAGCUUCUUCAUGUGAAACAAAUGGAUGCUGCAGUGCUUAGAUCAUCUUUGGCACAGUUUGAGCAAAAAUGGGCAGAAUUGAUCACUCAGUUCCCAACCAUCCAAGAAAAACUUCACCAGCUUCAGAUGGAAAAGCUUCCGUCUCGUGAGGCCAUCACAGAAAUAAUGGCAUGGCUGAGCCAUGUGGAACAACAAAAAGAAGAUGAUGAGGCCACUGUAAAUUUGCAAAGUAACGCAUCCCCAGUCAAAAACCUUCUUCGGAAAUAUAAGGAAUACAUGAUGGAGAUGAACUUUAAACAGUGGACGGUUGAUUUUGUUAACCAGUCGCUGUUGCAGAUCAGCACUUGCGAUGUAGAAAGCAAGCGCUAUGAAAGGACAGAAUUUGCAGAGCAUCUUGGUGAGAUGAACUUGCAGUGGCACCAGCUGCAAGGGUCUCUGAACAGAAAGAUACAAGAUUUGGAACAUAUUUUGGAAAUCGUCACUGAAAAUGAAAACAAAGCACAAACUCUGAGCAGCUGGCUGGAAGCACAAGGCGAGAGGCUGAAAUCUUUGGAAAAGCCAGCGAGUCUAAUCUCAGUACAAAACACACUGGAAGACUGUAAGGAACUAGAAAAUCAGUUUGCAAUUAAAUCCAAAGCUCUUGAUCAGCUGAAGCAGAAUUAUAUGGCUUUGGAAGAUGGUGCAAAACAAACCUCAGAAGAUAUGGCUGUCAGAAUGGAUAAGCUGCAUGAAAUGAGGAACAGUGUCAUCAGUCAGGUAGCACAGUUAAAAACCUCAAUGCAGUCAGUAUUACAGCAAUGGAUAAUUUAUGAUGAAGCCUAUGAAGAAGUUAACCUGAUGAUAAUAAGCUCUCUGUAUUGCCUAGAACAAUGCAAACCUUCUGUAAUAUCGCUGGAAGCUUUGAAAGGCCAGGUGAAGACUCUACAGUCUCUUCAAGACAAAACAGAGAAGAGUGAAGAAAGCUGGGCCAAGCUCCAGGCUUCUGCUGCUAACCUCAAGAAAUACUGUUGUUCCUCAUUUGCAGAGAUUAUUGAACAUAAAUGCAAGGAGGCACAUACAAGAUGGACUCUGGCAAAUGAAGAAGUCACUGAUGAGCUACAGAGAGCACAAGCUUUGUUACUGCUUUGGGAGUCGUAUGAUGGGUUAUACACUGAGGCAGCAUUGAGGUUAGAACAACAUGAAUAUCAGUGUCAUCAGCUCUUGGGAGCUCACUUACCUGAAGACAACAUGGUGGAAGUCCUGAAGCAGAAGAUACAGAAUGUGAAGAUAUUGCAACAAGGCCUUCAAACCAUAAAGGGAAGCUUUCUCCAGGUUUCUGAGUUGACAGACCAGAUAGCACAACAGGUUAAUGCAGCUACACAAGCAGUUCUCUCAGAGAAGUUGCAUCCUCUCAAAAGGAUAGCUUAUUUGGAAAAGACGUUGCAGAUGAAAUCGGAUGAAUUUGAGUUCAACCUUUUACAACUGAUGGAUUUCAAUAAUUGUCUGGGCACAGUGGAAGCUCGAAUUAAGACACCUAUAGAAGUUUUGGAUAAGCUGUAUCUACAGGGAAAAGAAGACGACUCAGAAUUACUCAUGAGCCACAUGUUGGAGCUCACUGCAAUGUCUCCUGACAUCGAGAAUCUGAAUGAAGUGAGCUUUAGGCUACCACUCAGUGAUUUCACUGUGAAGAAACUACAGAGCCUGAAUCGACAGUGGGCUCAGAAGACAGCAACAGCCCUGGAGCAUUGCAGUGAAUUUGAGGGAAUUCAAUCGGAUGAAAAGAAAUUUCUUCAGAAAUGUGAAAACUGGGUACAAUUUCUAGAAAAGAUGAAAGAGGGUUUAAAAGUGAAUAUUGGUGGCAGAUUUGAAAAGCUUCAGGAACAACAGAGAAUAUAUGAGAUGCUGCAAGCGGAGAUUUCUGUAAAUCAGCAGAUUUUUAAUUCUAUCAUAUCAAAAGCAUUACUUUUGCUGGAAACAGGAGAAGCAGAAAAAAGAACUGAGUUUAUUUCCAAACUCACAUUGCUGAAGGAGCAGUGGCAGAGUGUUAUCCGGAUGGUUCAGCAGAGGAAGAAAGAUAUUGAUGGACUUGUGAAGCAGUGGCAGCACUUCAGGGUUUCUCAACAGAAUCUCACGAAUUUUCUUACUUGUACAAAUAACUUCAUAGCUGCUGUGAAGAGUCAGGAUGGCUACAGCCUUUACCAUCUUAGGAAUCUAAUUCAUGAUUUCAAGAACAAGGAAAUACUUCUUCAGAGAUGGCAAACCACAUACUCCCUCACUGUCGAUAUUGGGAAGAAGUUAUGUAAAGACUCAGACCCGGAGACCAACGCUGUAAUACAAGAGGAACUCAGCCAGUUACAGGAGAAUUGGAAUGAGGCCCAACUUCAAGUGGAGAAGAUCAUGAAACAGCUCCUCGGCACUGUGCAGACCUGGGACAGCUGUGUAAAGCUAAUCAAGGAAUUGGAAAGCAGGCUGCAAGAGCUUAAGGCAAAAAUAAAAGAUCCACUUCCAGAGGAACACGAAGAUCUCUACAAAACCAAGGAACAUGUUAAGGAACUGGAGAAGUCACUUGCAGACUGGAAUCAAAACGUGAAAGAACUUGAUAAUAUGAAGGCAGACUUGGCUCAUUAUAUCCUUGCAGAAGAUGUGGUGCUGCUGAAGGAGCAAGUAGAGCAUUUGCACAGAAAAUGGGAAGAACUCUGCUUACGAGUGUCUCUGCGUAAGCAGGAGAUAGAGGACAGACUCAAUGCGUGGAUUGUGUUCGAUGAAAAGAAUAAGGAGCUAUGUACAUGGCUGGUAGAGAUGGAAAGCAAAGUGUUACAGACUGCGGAUGUUAGCAUUGAAGAUGCGAUAGACAAAUUACAAAAGGACUGUAUGGAAGAAAUAAACCUGUUUGGUGAAAAUAAACUUCAUUUGAAGCAAAUGGGUGAUCAGCUGAUCAAGACUAGCAACAAGAGUAGAGUCGCAGAAAUAGACGACAAACUCAAUAAAAUUAACAAUCGGUGGCAGCAUCUCUUUGAUGUCUUUGGAGGACGGCUGAAGAAACUGGAAGGGACCUUUGCUGUCAUACAGACAUUAGACAAAAAUAUGAGUACCCUUCGCACCUGGUUGGCUCGCAUUGAGGCCGAGCUUUCCAAGCCUGUUGUGUAUGACAUCUGUGAUGAUCAAGAGAUCCAGAAAAGACUUGCUGAGCAGCAGGAUCUGCAACGAGACAUUGAGCAGCACAGUGAAGGGGUAGAAUCUGUGUUUAAUAUCUGUGAAAAGUUGCUGAGCGAUUCAGAUGCAUGUGCUAAUGAGACAGAAUGUGACUCCAUCCAGCAGACUACCAGGAGUCUGGACAGACGGUGGAGAAACAUUUGUUCCAUGUCUAUGGAGAGGCGAAUGAAAAUUGAGGAAACCUGGCGCCUGUGGCAGAAGUUUUUGGAUGACUAUUCUCGCUUUGAAGACUGGUUGAAAUCAGCCGAAAGGACAGCAGCUUAUCCCAACUCUUCCGAAGUUUUAUACACAAAUGCCAAAGAGGAGCUGAAGAAGUUUGAGGCAUUUCAACGACAAAUUCAUGAGCGACUCACUCAGCUGGAGCUAAUCAAUAAACAAUAUAGGCGGCUUGCCCGGGAGAAUCGUACAGAUUCAGCCAGCAAGCUGAAACAGAUGGUACAUGAAGGCAACCAGCGCUGGGACAAUCUCCAGAAACGGGUUGCUGCCAUUCUAAGAAGACUGAAGUACUUCACCAACCAGAGAGAUGAGUUUGAGGGAACAAGGGAAAGCAUUCUUGUGUGGCUCACAGAAAUGGACCUUCAGCUGACAAAUGUGGAACACUUCUCAGAGAGUAACUUUGAUGACAAAAUGCGGCAAUUAAACGGUUUCCAACAGGAAAUAACCCUAAACACCAAUAAGAUCGAUCAGCUAAUAGUUUUUGGAGAGCAGCUGAUUCAGAAGAGUGAGCCUUUGGAUGCUACCCUGAUUGAAGAUGAGUUGGAGGAACUGCAUAGAUACUGUCAGGAAGUGUUUGGACGAGUCUCUCGAUUCCACCAAAGAUUAACUUCCAGGCAUCCUGGGAUAGAAGAUGACAAAGAUACAUCUGAAAAUGAGACAGAUGCAGAAGACUCAAGAGAAAUGCAAAAUGAUCCGUGGCAUAAGAAGGCAAUAAAUGAGGUGCCUUCUUCUCAGCAGUCCCUUUGCCAUCUUGUGUCCCCUGCACCAGCUCAUGAAAGGUCAGGCUGUGAGACCCCUGUCAGUGUUGACUCCAUCCCACUUGAAUGGGAUCACACAGGUGAUGUAGGGGGCUCUUCCUCUCAUGAGGAUGAAGAAGAAGGAACAUACUACAGUGCUCUCUCAGAUGUAGAAAUCACUGAAAAUCCUGAGGCAUAUCUUAAAAUGACCACAAAAACUUUGAAAGCAUCUUCUGGAAAAUCCAUUUCAGAAGCUCUUACAUGGCAUUCCCCGGAUAGCCCAGCCUGCAGAAAACAUCAAUACCACCAGGCAGAGAUGGUGAGAAAUGUGCGGUCUGGCAGCCCAGAGACAAGUUCCCCAUAUAAACCAGGCUAUGUUAAACCGCUAGUGUCUGCAAGCAGUGGGAGCACGGACAGUGUGAAAGAAGUAUCUGCUAUAUUGAAUGAUGAGCCCCAAAAUGAACAGGGGCUUGUGACCAUUGCAGCUGCAGAGAAGCAAUCAGGUACAGGUGUUAUUGAGAGAUGGGAGCUCAUACAAGCUCAGGACCUAAGAAAUAAACUUAGAAUGAAACAGAAUUUGCAGCAAUGGCAACAACUGAACUCUGAUCUCAGUGAUAUUACUGCUUGGCUGGAUAAAACUGAAGAAGAGCUGGAAGAAUUACAGAAAGCAAAGCCUGCAACCAAUAUGCCUACAAUGGAACAAAGAGUAAAGAAACUGAAAGACAUGCUUAAAGCCUUUGAUAACUACAAGGCUUUAGUGUUCUCCGUUAAUCAGAGCAGCAAAGACUUCCAGCAAACAGAUAGCACUGAAUCCAAAGAGCUUCAAAACAGACUUCGACAAGUGAAUUUGCGCUGGGAGAAAGUAUCUCAUUUAAUGGACAACUGGAGAAGGGGUUUACAACAAACCCUAAUGCAGUGCCAGGAUUUCCAUGAACUGAAUCAGAAACUACUCUUGGGACUAGCAAGUGCUGAAAGUCGAAGACAUAAUGCACAAUUCACUGAUCCAAAUGCUGACCCCCAUACAAUACUGGAGUGCCAAAAAGAAUUAAUGCAACUGGAGAAAGAGCUGUUGGAACAACAGCUUCAAGUAAACGCUCUACAGGAAAUCUCCACCUACCUUCUGGUUAAAUCAGAUGGGGAAGAUUAUAUUGAAGCUGAUGAGAAAAUACAUGUAAUUGGAAAGAAACUGAAACAGCUUCUUGAACAGGUUUCACAUGACUUAAAAACUUCACAAGGAAACGUGGACAUCAGUGCAUUUCUGACAGCAGCAGAUGACUUGGAUUCUGGAGGUUAUCAUCCACUAGUAGCAAAAUCCAGCCUACAGGAAACGGUUGGCGUAAGGAGAACUUCAGAAGGCAAGAGCAACAGUGUCAGAAUGGAAAACCAGCCUGAAACCACUCAAGCAAUUUCCAGCCCCCAAUCCUUCUUUUAUCGUGUAUUAAGAGCAGCUUUACCCCUGCAGUUCCUCUUCCUUUUGCUUCUGCUUCUGGCCUGCAUGAUCCCAUCCUCAGAGGAAGACUACAGCUGCACCCAAGUGAACAACUUUGCCCGCUCUUUCUAUCCCAUGCUGAGAUAUACCAAUGGACCUCCACCAACCUAGAAAGUGUCCCAUCACUCUACAAUAUACCAAAACACGUUGUCUCACGGGUGCUUAUUUUCAUGCUGCUUCUAUCAAACCGUGCAUUC